AUGAGGGACCUGAGUUCUCUAGAGGGUGGUGGUAAAUUGCCCAAAACUACCGAACUGAAAUUUCUGAAUCCUGACGAAAACCCCCGAAUUCCCGUUUACAGAGUGUUAGCAAGGAACGGCCAUCUUCUCCAGGGAGCAAGUCCACCAAGCUUAGACAAAACGGAGCUGUUGGAAAUGUACCACCAAAUGGUGACGUUAAACAUUAUGGACACAGCCCUUAACGUUGCCGAACGCCAAGGAUUGAUUCCGUUCUAUUUGACGAAUUUUGGAGAAGAAGCCACCCAAAUCGGUUCGGCUUCAGCUGUAAAGUUUGAAGAUUUUGUUUUUGGACAAUAUCGUGAGACUGGUGUGUUGUUAUGGCGAGGAUUCCGUCUUGAAGACUUUGCAAAUCAGUGCUUCAACAAUGAUCUGGAUGGAACUAAAGGACGACAGAUGCCUGUUCACUAUGGAUCCAAAGAGCACAAUUUUAUGACUAUCUCAUCGACAUUGGCCACCCAGAUGCCACAAGCAGCAGGCGCGGCUUAUGCAAUGAAAAUGUCCAAAAGUGAGAAUUGUGUUGUAUGCUAUUUUGGAGAAGGGACAACGUCAGAAGGUGAUGCCCACGCUGCCUUCAAUUUUGCCGCGGUUUUAAAGUGUCCGGUGAUCUUCUUCUGUAGGAACAACGGCUUUGCCAUUUCAACUCCGGCCUCGGAGCAAUAUAGCGGUGACGGAGUUGCCUCACGUGGAGCUGGUUACGGAAUCCCAAGCAUCCGCGUGGAUGGAAACGACGUCCUAGCAGUGUACAACGUGACUAAAGUAGCUCGGGAAAUCUGUGUGUCUGAAAGUCGUCCGGUUUUAAUAGAAGCCAUGACGUACCGCGUGGGAGAUCACAGUACUCUUGUGGACAGUAGCGGAUAUCGCCAUGCUGAUGACGUCUCUACCUGGGAUACCAGAUUCAACCCCAUUACUCGAUUUAAAAAGUAUCUUUUGGAUAACGAUAUUUGGGACGAGGAACGCGAAGAAACCUUCAAACAGAGUGUAAUAAGGGACGUGGAAGAUGCUCUUCGUGGUGCUCAAGAACGGAAGUAUUGCAAUCCAACGGAGAUGUUCACUGAUGUAUACAAUGUAAUGCCAAAAAAUCUGGAGAAACAGCACAAGGAAUUCAAAGAACAUCUUCAGAAGUAUCAGCAUGAAUAUGAUUUGGAGAAAUUUCAUCCGGAUAUUUAA